AUGAUGAUGUGGACAUCAAGUCGCGUUGAAAGAGUUUUAGAUGGUAUUGACAAGUUACACAAAAAAAAUGAUGCGGAUCGUGUGUUACAGUUACAGAGAGAAAAUGAAAAACUGAGGAACGAAAUGUUGGAAAUGCAAAAAAAUCACAAGAGCGCUAUAAACGAUAUUUCUAUGAAGGGUAGUAAAAUGGAGCAGUUAAUGCGGCAGCUGUUAGAUGAAAGAUCUCGUUUGGUAGAAGAGUUGACACAGUUGCGAAGAUAUAAAUACGAACAAGUAAAGCAAACUGAUUCUAAAGCUGUAAUGACUCUUUCCUUUCCAAGAAGAGAUGCAAUUGUUCAGGUAAAUUUACAACAACAAAAGAUACAAACAUAUGAACAGUCAACUCAAACACUUAAUGAUUCUGAUUUUUUGAUAUCACCUACGUAUUCGUAUACUGACUUGAGAAAAGUUUCACAAAUACCUUCUACUUUAUCUGUUGAUCUAACUCUAAAACCUUUUGUAGACAAUCGAGUGGCUGCGGAUUCUAUAUACUGUAAAAAAGGUUCAGAGCUUCUUGCUCUAGCUAUGUACGCUUCUGGAGUGUCAAUUGAAAAUCUAAAGUUGCAUGUAUAUGCAACUGAUUGGGUGUUUGUGGGUAUCAAUAUAGAUGGAUGGUGGAAUUGGCAAAGUCAAACACAGGAAGAACUUAAUAAAGUUACCCAAAUUGUUCAAGGACUUGGAUCUGAUUCAUCUCCCUUGUUAUGGUUUGCGGCAUUGGCUUCUGCACUUUUAAAAUUAGACUCGUAUCAUACAAUGACCCUGGGAGAACUUCUUGUCUCAGCUUGCGGAUAUGAUGUGGGAUCGGAGAUGUCACUUACUCCAGCUUCUCUUACUCAAGUGAUAGAACUCUUGGAAUUUGGUUCAGGUUGCUUUCUUAUUGUUUUGCAACGAGGGUCAGAGAAUUAUGAUGGUAUUGCAUUAGUGUCAGCGAUUUCUUAUGUUAGGGAUAAAGUGGUGUUUUAUGUUGUAAGACCAGUUUCUGAUGUGGAAGAUAAUACACAUGAUGAUAGAAGGAACUCUACCUGCAAGUUGAUUGGGGAAUGGCAGACAAGUCAGCAGUUAUUGGAUCAAUUUGUUCUAUUUCAAAAAGUAGAAUGCUUUUCAGUUAACAAACAUUCUGAAAUUCGUUGGAUAGAUAGUGUAAAAAAUCACACUGUAUCUGUGCAAGUAGUACUGCAUAGUAACUUACCAAAGGUGGAGGGAGUAGUUCAUGCAAGACUUCUGGAUGUUAUAAAUUCUUGCUGGUAUCCAUUAAAAAUUGUUUCAAGCAAUGAAAAAACAUUUACAUUGUACUGCCCUUUACUGAAGUGCGUUGAAAAUGCUGUUCUUGUUUUAAAUAUUGAUCGAAGUGUUGUUCGUCGUCUGGACUUUGUGCGAUUAUCUGAGGAUAAUGAUUUAUUUGUAGAAAGAGAACACACCAUGAUUGUACAAGUUAAUGGACAGGAAAUUUACGCUAGUCAUGUUGUACUUAACUUGGAAUUGGAACAAGCAGCACUUCAGAUGGAAGAGGGAAAAACGAAAAAUAAUAAAAAGAAUAAAAUAAAGAAUGAAGAAGAAGAGGAUGAAGAUGAUAAUCAUCAGUGCUUGCAUAAUCUCAUAAUGGACACAACUGUUCCUUCUGGACACGGUUCCAAUUUGAUCAGUGUAACGGAUGAUGGUUCUUGUAUGAAGAUAUUUUUCUCUUUAUUUCAUUCUUUAUUCAUCUCCCGUAUGGACCUUAUUAUGGACUGGAUUGAUAUAGUGGGAUGUGUUUUGGUUUCUUCAUGCCCUUCACCGGCUCCUUUAAAUAAAACACUCCAGCAUCACUCUCUGUUUCCAGUAUUGCAAACCAACAUGGUACGGCAACAUAUCAAUCUCUGUGCUUUGAAUAGCAGAAAUAAUUUUAUCAGUACAUCACUUUCUAGCGCCGUUUCUGAGCUUGAUGCAGUAAGGGCGAAUCUCGCUUUGGCACUCCAAGAGAAUGCCACUCUCCGUGAGGAACUCAUACACUCUUUCUCUGAACUUGAUCAACUGCGUCAAGAUGUUGAAUCCAAAGAUACCGUAAUAGAGGAUGCGAAAUCGUAUUGCUGUGAAUUGGAACAGAAACUCUGUAGUACUACCAGAGACUUCACAGAUCUUCACUACGCCUUUGAACACAUGCAAGAGGAACACCAUUUGGAAUUGCUGAAGAGGACACUUCUUCUUCGUGCAACAGAAGAGGAAAUGAAAAGGUUAAAAGACCAUACGAGUCAUUCUUCUUCAUCCUCGUCUCUACACCCAGGUGACGGGUUAUCGUGGUAG